GAGAAAGGAAGACGUCCGGUCAUGGCUGGCUAGACCGAUACACGAUAUCUCUUCUAUCGGGGCUUGUAGCCCUUUUGAGCUUCCGUACAUGGAUGCUGCAUGGUUCUUUACCAACGUUCUCAGCACAAGACAAUCCUGCUGCCUUUUCACCCUCUUUGCUCACUAGAUUUCUUACCAAAACCUACUUGGUUACUUUCAACGCUUGGCUGGUGUUCUUUCCUUCUAAUCUAUCGUAUGAUUGGCAAAUGGGAAGCAUCCCCCUGGUGGAGACAAUCUGGGAUAAACGUAAUCUGGGUUCGGUCUUUCUGUUUGGUGGAAUUGGUUCCAUUUUCAUAACCAGCAGAAUAACAGUGAAGGUGCGAGAAAGGAUUCUGUUGUCAGUGGCGCUAGUGGUCCUCAUACUUCCUUUCCUGCCAGCAUCCAAUCUCUUGGUAACAGUGGGAUUUGUGGUGGCCGAGAGAACACUUUACAUCCCGAG